AUGACUACCUCUUCUGCCCCUCCGUCGAUGUUGGAGUCUGUGUUCAACCACAUCGCGCUCCCUCCUCUUCUUCCCAGCAAACAAGAGACUAACCUCGACAAAAUUGAACUUGUUCUGGCACAGAAGCUACUGGAUGCCAGCCGUACACUGAGAGAUUCUACCAACGAACGAUUCGGAUCCGAAUGGGACUCUGUUCGCCGUUCGCUCGAGACUUGCAUCCUUCUGAAUACUGGCGGCCGACUCAGUCAGACUUCUCUCUUAGCUGCAUUUCGAGAAAUUGACGUAAACGGGCUUCUCAUCCUUCACGUUACGGAACAGAAUGCAGGCAUACUGAUUCGACACGACAUCAAUGGAAAUGGCGAGAAGGUCAUCUUAUUCGAAGCCUUUGAAGUAUCUCCACGCUCAGAAGAUGUCCUCGCUUCACAGAACGCCUUGCAGUGGGACUUUCCAGGAUGUGCGGUCACAGUUUCUCUUCCUACUUUCAACGACCCUUCCUUCCAGCUCGAGCUUGCUAUUUUCCUCGAGCGAGCAAGUACGGAAUCCAUAAAGCGUUUUGCAGCUCGCGCAAACAAGGCCGGAAUAUCUGCGGUCGAGAGCCGGAACACUGUCGAUCCUUCUGUUGUAACACAGAUUCUAAUGUCUAUACUCGAGGUUCAUGGCUCCCGAGUCUUCCCUCCGCUACUGAGAAAGCGUGUGCGAGACGAUGUCUGUUGGUUCGAUGGGGAGAAACCUUGGCGCAGAUCGGCAUUCUGGCUUCUGCUACGUGUAGGGGUUCAGAGAUAUCUAUCCUCAACCCUGGGCCGUGACCUCGGACGACUGCAUUACAAGUUUCUCAUGUGCAUUGUGCUUGUGCGUUUAAUGAACGGCUGUAUGGGCAUUCUAAAUACCGAAUUAGUGGUAUUUUUAAAGGCAAAGCUAUGUCGACGUCUCGUCAAGCUCGAAGUGGAACGAGACAGAGUCCCUCCCAACCUACGAAACGCCUUUGAAUACCUGUCUACCGCACUUGAACCGCAUCUAACCAAGUCAAUAACUUCUGUUACUGAAAGAGUAGAUAUAUCCUGGGCCAAUUUCAAGAAGACAAUACUGCGUCCUGUCCUUCCUCUUCCACGUCGUGCGAAUCUACGCCAUUUGUGUCUGACGCUUCCGAACAGCAGACCCUACUUGCAGCAAAUCCUGACGGAACCAUUAUUCAGAUACAAUGGACCCCAGUUCACUGCAUCAUUUACCCUGCCGCUGGAUUAUCAAGUCUCAGCAGCUACAGCCAAAAAAAGCAUAGCCUUUGCCCAUCGUUAUCUCUCGCUCGCGAAGACUGAGACAGAAAUUGAACUUAGCCAUACGCCUACACCAGACUCGGGCAGCUCCUGUGAACGACGUUGCGUGAGUCUUUCGCAGAAGAUAGAGGAAUACUUGAAUAACACUGCCGGUUCAUAUGAGUCCGAUCCGGAACAGCAAAGCAUCAUGAUUCUUACGGUCAUGGAGCUAUGGAUGUCAAUGGACCAAUGUGCUACCAAGCUCUACACAUUGUUGAUGGACUAUAACCCGGGGUUUCCCUCAAAUAUCUUGGAUGUUUUGCAGUUACCCCGCUUCCAGGAUAUGUGCCGACUAAAAAAGAUUCGUGACUAUCUCAAACAUAGGCAUGCAAAGUGCUAUGGUUCUCGGACUACCAUUUUUAUAGAUCCAGAGAGAGGGUGUUUUGCUGAGCGGUAUUUCGAUGAAUCACCCGACUCGGAAAGCCUACAAGGACUUCUAAAACGUAUUGAAAUGGCGGCUCAACUGGAGCGUACUCGAAAAGAGCAGGAAUGGCAGAGAUUGUCUUUGGAAUAUGAAAACCUCAUCAAGAGCAUCGCUGAGAGCGCCUGUGUCUAUUACACCGACGAAAAACACCAGACCAGGCUCCAUGAUGAUCGCCAAUGCACAAAAUGUUUCCUCCAGCGCAAGGCCAAUCGAUUUAGGAUCAAGGCUCACGAACAUCCUCUUCCUUCCAACACAGUCCAAGCAAAGACCGUAGUUUUUGAAUUGGCCUGCCCAAAGGCAUUCACCGCGUACCGCGAGGCAACGUGGCAAAUCCUGGGCACACUGGCUUUUCCAGCUCAAAUGGAAGUUCUCGAUCCUAAGAUUCUCUUGAAAGACUACUCAGAGCUCCGGGGGUACGUGAGUCCAAAUUCAAGUAGCUUUUCUCUCGCAUCUACUACAAAGUCCUUUUUAAUGACCCAUUACGCCAAUCCACGAUUUCCGGUCCAGUUAGGCGACGUCUGCCUCACAAAUGGUUUAAGAUUUGGUUACUUCGACGUCCAUCUCAAUGUGUGGCCAUCUCGACAGGACAAAAAGCCCAGUUUUGCCCAUCGUUGCCAGUCUAUUAUUCCCGCAAACUCUCCUUUUUCGUCCUUGAACCUUUCCUCCGAGUUCUCUAUAGAUGCAAAUGGUCCGUCUUCCUAUGAAAUUAUCGCAAGCCAGACUAAGUGUCCUUCUGGGCUGAAUGUUCAUGAGUUCAUGGCAUACCAAACACUCUGUUCAGGCAAAAGUCGUCGAUGGCCUCAAAUUCUUGUUGAACUUGGCUCGUCCAACCUCAACUUCAGUACAGAGGCCACAACUUUCCUAAUGUCUCAACUUGCAUUACAGGUUGGACCAGCAUACAAAGAUGAGCCUCUUGGUAAGGUGCAUAGAAUCUUUCGGGACGAAUCUUUUUCGAGACGACUUGUGGACCAGCUCGGACAGCGUCUGGAGAGUGUGUCUUCCAACUGGAGAGAAACAAACUGUAUGGAGACGUUGAUAACUUUAAUCCUCAGAUUGUUCUCUCUCAGCACUACUAUCUGCGACGAAGCAGUCAAACUGCUGGAAAAGGCUCGAAAUAUAACCUCCAAAUGGAUAAACAUUUUACGAUCAGAGAUUCAGAAUGCAACAGAUGCUGAAACUUCGAGAAGAUGUUCCAGGUACGCAUUCUGGGCUGCACUUCUCUGUAGACGGACAUUCGCCAUUUACGCCGACGGAAAUAAGAGUUUGGAACCCGAAAAUCUCGAAUCUUUUAUCGUGUGUUCGAUCGCUUUGCAAGAUAACUUAGUCGGUGAUCCUGAUACACUGCCUCCUCUUCUUAAAAACUCUUUCGUUCGUGAUCUUAAGCUGGUCUACCAGCUGCGAAACACUCUCCGUCAUUCCUUUGAGACGAACCCGGAUAGCCUAUUGCCGUCCAUCGCCACUGUCUGGCCUAGCAUUGAAGGCGACUCCUCCAGAUCUGUCUCACAGAUCACCUUUCUUUCAGAGCCACAUCUUUGGUGGGUUGAGAUCGUUGUCAACCCGACUCUGCAAACCAAGCAACAGACUGUCCAUUUUCACUUACUGGAAGGACAUUUGCUUAUCAUGGGCCAACCGGUUGGUAAAUUACCAGAGGAAUACAGAACGGCGGUCGUUUUGAAGCAGCUCUUUGGUAACCAGAGCUUGCUGACAUAUCCUUCAUCUCUUCCCGGUAUGGCCUAUAUGCUUUCUUUUGUACAAUUGGGACAUGAGAUACACCUCGGAUUUCGGAAUGGAAAUAUCAUCGUCAGGGCGCGGCUGCCUCAGACAAUUCUUGAGCUUGUACCCUCUCAUAUAUUUAGAGGAUCGACCAGUUUCGAUCUACCUACACCAUUAGUCGAGAACUGCGUCCACUGGCUUGACCUCAAUACCCAAAUUAUUGAGAUUAGACAACAACCUGAUAUCUGGAGGCCCAAGAAAAGUAAUUGGCUUCUCAAUAUGAACACAGGCCAGGCAACACGCCGAACAGUCACUCUGGUAGACCCUCAGAGCCCAUUGUUCCAGCGUGUCGCGCGAAUUUUCGACCAUUUUGAAUACCGUCACAACUUGACAGUGUUCCAGCCAGCAACAAGAGGUUUGUCAGUUGAGUUGCGCCGCUUAGAGCUAUCAUUCUUUGUAAAUAGAAGAAACUUACUGGAGUCAACGCAAUUACGGUCGGAAAUCGAUCCUGAUCAGGACGCAGGCACAUGGUAUGGACUCAACUCGAAGCUCGUAUUGAGAGAGCUCGACAAAUUGGGGGAGCCAACCACUCAGCGUCAAAGAAGUAUUAUUGUGCCCAUGGGUGUUAUAACCUACAGGCGCAAUGGGCAACAUGUGGCGGUUGAUGCAGCUAACAACGGCGAUUAUGGGAGAUUCACGAUCAAUGAAGUGUUAGGACGUCUCGACUGCCCGGCUGAACCACGACUUUUGUAUCUGAAAGCUCAGUUCCAUGCGUACACAUCUUUCACCUUGCCCGACCCACUCACGGGCCGGACAGGAACCGAAGAGGCUUUACAUUGCCUCAGAUCAGGAUACUGCCAACCUUGGACCGCUCUCACUGUCGGGCCUACACAAAGCUUACUUGCACUUGCAAAACUCACUCCGCGAAGAGAGUAUUACCCUCGUGAUCUCAAGGUGAUGCAAAAGCCUUUCUGGGACCCUCACCUGACCACCACUAUUCAAAGCGACGCACUCAGAACCGCUGUCGAAACGAUAUGUAUAAAAUCAAGACAACUUUCCAUAUUUUCCACACAGAAGAUUGAGAGUCUCCAACUUGGCCCUGGCGGUGAAUACCAUUUGACUUUACGUAGCCAUGUACGGCGGCAGGCUUAUCAGCGACCAAGCGUCGAUUCUGAUGUAUUACAAGCUGUCCCAGAUGUAGAAUACAUCGCACGGGACCGGUACCAGGCUAGCCAAGAACGAUCGAACGUGUUUAAAUGCACAAGCAUAAUUCGAGAUUGGCCUUCGAGACUGUAUACGACUACAGAUUUGGUUGGAAUUCUUCAAACUUGGCCUAACAUUGGAGGAUAUCAUGGCUCUUUUGAAAAGAUUCUUCUGAGCGAUCUCCUUGACGUGGAUUUCCCACUUGAGUGGGGCUCCCUGGUCAAUCUUUGUCGCAAAUCCAGCUUCACGGAUAGGCAUCGACUUAUCUUUCUCUUUGCAAUAAUGUCAUUCCGUCGUGAUGCUGAUAUGAGCGUCCUGAGUACCUUGAUUGGUUUCUGUGUGCUUGAAGAUUUGAAGCAGCUCGAGCCGCCGAAGUGGCCAUCCUAUAUCCAGUUCCGUCAAAAUCAGGCGCCGCAAGUUGAUUAUCUCCUGCAACUGACCAGACCUUGCUUGAUUCCAUAUGGUGAGGACGAAAGAGCCAUCUUUGGGUUCAACCUCAGCUCGAAACAACGCAGACAACUUGAAGCAGCAGAGCGGGCACAUGAAAAGAAGCAGGAAAAUGAUUCAAAAGCUCUUGCUAGAUUUCUCUUGGAUCAAUGGCCAUGCAUUGAACCUAGUAUCGAUGGUCUUAUCGUAUCCGAACCCACCAUAGAUAUUUCGCAAGCAUUGGGAAUCAUUCUUCCAGAAUGGCAACGUUUGUUCCAAAAUCUGGAUCUCACGCGGCAUAUUGCUCAGGUACAGGGUGUUUUAGAUCAACACCAUUGCGAGGAUAGGAUGAGCCCACCGACCGCUGAGGUCAAAGAGCAAGAGGUAUUACCUACACGACUCCGUGGAGGAGAAUUCCCAACACUACCGCAAUAUCUUCUGGGUAAGACCGCUUUGAAGGUGGUUCAAGCCGAUUACGAAGAUCCCUGGCAAUCAACAGUCGCGGUGAAUGGAGACGAAACGACUGUUAGUAACAUGUCACAGAAUGCUCCUGGCGCAGAGUUCACCACACCGCUGUUGUCUACUGAGAUUCUAGAUCUUCAGAGUAUAAUUGGCGGAAUUAGAGAUUUGAAGUCUAGAGUUAGACAACAAUAUGGGACAGAUCUCAUGCAAAGUCUUGGCGCAUUGCAGACAUCCAAGAAUGCACUAAAGAAGCAGGUAAAACCGGUGGAUAUGGCUCAACUACCUGCUGAAAUCGCCAAUGCUCGAUUGAGAGUUCGGGCUCACUUCGACCAACUUUGUAAGGCUUUCGAGAAAGAUGACUCCGGUGUCCAAUGGCUACAACAAGGCGGUCUUUGGCCCAUUAUAACGCCAGUCACACUCCUUGAAAAUUUGCGCUCAACUUCAGAUUGCAUCUUUGGAACAGGUAUGAAGGAGGCACUUGUUCAUUACGCCUUGUCUGUGACAGCCUUACAACGUCUACUUAGAAUUUAUGAUGCUCAUCAAGGAGGAAAACCGCAGAGACUUAUCGAGGAACAAGAGAAUGUCGGGCAUAGCAAUUGGAAACCGUUGGAUCAUCCUGAUUGGCUCCUGCUCGAGAUUGAUUCGAACAUGUUGAUCCGACCUGGACAGGUUGAUGUCGCGCUUGCCACUAUUUCUCCUGCUUCCAGAUCAAACUCGGUGUUACAAAUGAACAUGGGGCAAGGUAAAACAUCCUGUAUUAUGCCAAUGGCUGCUGCCGAACUGGCUGAUGGUGCAAGUUUGCUGCGAGUUGUUGUCCCUAAGCCUUUGCUAUUGCAGACAGCUCAAUUGUUGCAUGGACGGCUUGGAGGCCUCGUUGGCCGGGAACUACGGCACGUUCCAUUCUCACGAAAGACACCUACGAAUUCAGAUACAAUCAAGGCAUUCUACAAUAUACAUCGAGAGAUCCAAAAAUCGUCGGGCAUCUUGCUAGCUCUUCCCGAACAUUUGCUCUCUUUCAUGCUAUCAGGCUUACAACGACUUUCAGAUGGGCAUAUCAAUGAAGCGAGUAGCAUGAUCAAGGUUCAAAACUUUUUAAACAGAACAUCAAGAGAUAUUUUGGACGAAUGCGAUAAUAUCCUGGCGUUGAGAACACAACUCAUAUAUCCAUCCGGCUCACAAAAGAUCGUUGAUGGUCAUCCUCAUCGUUGGGAAACUGCCCAGAUAUUAUUGGGCCGUGUUGAUGGACAUCUGUUCAACUUGCAAAAGGUAUUUCCUCAGAGCGUUGAGGUAAUUCGCCGCCCUCAAGGCGGAUUUCCAGUUGUCUUCUUCCUCCGUAAGGAUGUCGAAGAUACUCUAAUUGCACGAUUAGUGGAUGACAUCUUCCGCGGUCGGACAACUCUUCUACCAGAAUGCAAUAAACCAGAUCGCCUUGUAAUCAAGCAAUUCAUCUCGGAACCGAAAGUCUCGUCCGAGGUUGCACAGCGAAUAUCCGAAAUAUUCCCAGACAAGCCAGCCGCGAGACAGACCAUCCAUCUGUUGAGAGGGUUACUUGUACACCGGAUCCUUCUCAUGGCCUUGAAGAAGCGCUGGAAUGUACAAUAUGGAUUGCAUCCUGGGAGGGAUCCACUCUCUGUUCCAUUCUUGGCUAAAGGAACUCCGAGUGAUCAAGCUGAGUGGGGUCAUCCUGAUGUAGCAAUUCUUUUCACAUGUCUCUCCUUCUAUUACGAUGGUCUCAGUGUUGCUCAACUACGUCAAAGUCUCGAACAUGUUUUGAAGUCUGACGAUCCAUCCCAAACCUACGAUCGGUUUUCCCAGAAUUCGGACCUUCCGGAUUCUUUGAGGGAUUGGAACGCAAUCAACGUCGACGACGAAGCCCAGUUGAAAGAGAUUUGGCAGCACGUCCGCUAUAACGUCAUGGCAGUAGAUUACUUUUUAAAUAAUUUUGUCUUUCCAAGGCAUGCUAAACAAUUUCACAUGAAGUUGCAGGCAUCAGGUUGGGAUAUUCCUCUUUUCUCAACCGGCGAUCAAUCUGCGAAGUCGGUGGGUACGUUGACAACGGGUUUUAGUGGCACAAAUGACUGGAAAGAAAUGUUACCUUUGACAAUCAGUCAGCGUGAUCUCCCAAGACUAUCACACACAAAUGCGGAGGUCUUAACUUAUUUGCUUCAACCCCGGAAUCGAACUUACGUGCUUGCCGCAGAUCAUCGUGGCAGGCACUUAUCAGAGCUGGAUUUACUCCGCAAAAUCACCAAAAUGAAUAUCAGAGUAUUGAUCGAUGCAGGGGCCCAGAUUUUGGAAAUGGACAACGGUAGUUUAGCCAAAGCCUGGCUUGCUAUAUUCGGCACAGCCCCUGCGGUUGUAUAUUUCAAAGAAGACAAUAAACCGUGGGUGAGAUAUCGACAGGGUCAUGAAAUUCCUCUUCUAGCGUCUCCCUUUGUCGAUGACCUGGGUGAUUGUCUUGUCUACCUUGAUGAGGCUCAUACUCGAGGCACGGAUUUGAAGAUGCCUGUAAAGGCCCGUGGUGCCCUGACACUCGGACUGGGGCAGACAAAGGACAAUACUGUUCAAGCUGCCAUGAGGCUUCGCCAGUUGGGCACUACACAGGCUGUUGUUUUCUUAGCCCCUCCUGAGGUGCACCAGAGUAUUAUUGAUCUACAGAAGAAGAAGUCGGGCGAUACCAUCGAUUCUCCUGAUGUGAUAUGCUGGCUUUUAGAGCAGACAUGUAGCGGCAUUGAGCAGUUACAACCACUAUACUACUCUCAGGGGGUUGACUUCUGCCGUCGUGCGCAAGCUGCUGUGAAUUAUUCGGAUUUUCUCGAGGAUGCUGAUCAACGCCAAUCUUAUCUUAGACGUCUGAGGCAAAUUGAACAACAGACGCUUGAGCAACUCUACGGGCUUAACCAGAAAGUUAAACCCACCGUGGAUCUCGAGACAUUGUCUCCAGAAAUAGCUCGAUUCAUGAAGGAUUUAACUGCCCGGCGAAGAGGCUUUCAGGACACUGGUGAUGCCGUCCACUCUUCUGCGCUACAAGAAGUCGAGCAAGAAAGAGAAGUUGCAUAUGAAGUCGAAAAUGUUCGGGAGCUUGAAAAACCUCUUCAUUAUACACCCUUUUCCUUCCCAGGUCUUCAUAAGGAUAUCAUCAGCUAUAUGGAAACUGGUAGGCUUGCUGCAGAUUCCGGAGGGUAUGAGCAGGCAUUUGUGGCUUUGCAACGAACCCAGAUGGGCCAGAAAUUUGGCAUUCGCAGCGAUGCCACUUCUUGUAGAUUGUACGUAUCAGCUGAAUUUUCGAAGACGGUCAAGCUGCCACUGGGUCGUCCUUAUGAUAAUUUCCAGCGUCACGUCAAUUGGAUCAUAUGGAGCUCUAUCACCGAAACAGCCUUGAUCAUCAUUCCUGAAGAAGCUGAACAGUUGCUAGCUAUCGUCUUUGAUGCUGAUACGUCUCCUACGCAUUUACUGACAUACGCCGCUCCAGUUACGCGAAAGAUGCUUCAAUUCAAUGAUUUUAAAUUCUACGCUGUUCCGAGUCUGCCAACUGGAUGGGAGGCUCCAAUGUGGCUCAGAGUUGAGUUAGGUAUUUUUGCAGGACGCCUUUACUUUGAGUACUUUGAGUACAAUGAUUUGUGUGAGUAUUUUGGGGCCAAUGGAGCUACAGCAGGAGUCCAAGAAGAUGUGGAUGAACUUACUUCCACCACAAUAUCUGGGGUGGAUGGGAUAAUUGAUGGCUCUGUGGAUGAUGAGAUGGAAUCUGGAGUUACAGCCCCGGAGUUGACAGUUUUCACCAAGAGACCUCUGACGUUCCUACAAGAAUGGUUGGCUGUUCGGCGUAAAGGACAAGAUUUUUCGCACACACCGAUGGGCCACGUCUGUCAAGGGAAGCCGCUCUUGGAAAGUCACCCAUUCUUCGUGAAAUCCGACAACUCCCGGAAGAAAGUCACUUACUUGAAGAAAGAGAGAGGAAGAAAUAGAGAUGAAGAGGAAGUCAGUGAAGACCUGUAUGAUGAGUAUGAACAAGGUGAUGAUGAAAUUGGGUUCAACGAGAAAGAUGGUUUUGAUGAUAGUCAAUUACUUGACGAUGAGUUUUCGGGCGGCAGCUCCAGCACCGAGGACAACCCUAUCAUCUAUCACACCUUCAGACUGUUGCGCCUGUCGUUCCACCACAAGCCAGUUAUCUCAAACAUCAUGAAUCAUGCCGGCGUUGCCCGCCUCGAUAUACAGGAACUCAACGAUGUUGGCAAAAGAGCGUACAAUAGUAUAAUUUCAGCAAUCCCAACACUAGACAGGAACUCCAUAGGUUAUUCCGACAUGUUUCAACUCCUCUACGGAAAUUACCACCUCAUGAUACUUGCCACGCCCAGGACCAGCCUCACUUACCGAUUCGGCGCCUUCGACACAGGAGUUGAAUUCCUAGCUCUGCAUGCCCCUGCAGCAAUAGUUGAUAAUCAAGGUCUCUUCCUUAAACACUACUGGAGAAUCCCACUUGGAGCCGUCAUGGUGGAGGAUUAUAUCAACUGGGGAGACAUACCACCACAACUAGGCUUUCGACCUAAAUCAGAUUGGAUAUGCCAUCGCAAGGUUAGCCUGUUAGGCUUUGAUCUUCGGCCACGCAACCUUGAACCUAUGACCUGCCUCAUUGUCUACAAUCAUCUAACACGAUCUGGAGUGGUUGUUGUGCCUAUUGGCCCGACAAGCUUCCAACCUGUGCCUCUCCAGCAGAAUACGUUGACACCCGAGACUGAGAGAGCGGUCAUUAGUGGGCGAGCAGCUGUACCGAGCAUAGAAGGUAUAGACAAUUCAGGCUCAGCUGUUGCCACCUCUACCGUGAUCUCCGUCGAGACCUCAGGUCCCUCCACGAUCACUACUGUCGGAGCAACUACAAUUGUUGGCCUUAGAGAAGCACUUUGUGUGACAGGUCCUUCAAGAAUAACUCUUCCGUAUGACCAAGAGAGUGAUAGAGAAACUAACGGCACUAAUGGUACUAACGGUAUAAACCGUAUAAUGAAUGGCACGAUCAACGGCACGAGCAAUGAGACGUUGAACCGGGACCGGGAUUUCGGGAAGACGGUUGAGACAUCGGAGAAAGAGAUGGAGGGAAUGCGGGAUCUGAAUCUGAGUUUUGGGAGGGCGAGUUAUAUUUGCUGCCGCGGGCAGCGAGGAGCAGAAGGUGCUGAAUCCAGGAGCCUGGGCCUUGAGCGAGAUCAUUAG